AUGGCCGCCGCCGAGACGGCGACGGUCUUCAUGGAGACGAGCCUCGGCACCCGCCUCGUCCUCUCCUUCCCCGCCCGCGCCACCACCGUCGCCGACCUCAAGCGCCAAGUGAGCGCGGAGCAUGCCGCGUGUUUCCCCUGCACCGGGCCAAUCGCCGUCUCAUCCUUGCAGAUUGAGCUGGAUGGUUCCUGGUUUCAGCUCACUGAUUCCGUGGUCGUGGAAGCUGCUUUCGAGUGGGUCAAGGGGCCAAGGCGCCUCCUGGUUGAGGCUCACGAGCUUCGUCCUCAUCCACCUGCUUGCAAGGAUGCCAAGUGUGGAACUGCUGAUGCUGAACCAAAUGCGGGCCAUUCAGUCGUCGCUGAGGACUCCUUGCAGUACAUGUUACCUCCUGCAGAGGCACCAGGAGGUGGCAAUCAUGCCUCAGGCAAUGGCGUCAGUGACAUCCGACAGCUGAAGAACCAGCAGGAUAAAGUUGUUGAGCAUGCUUUAUGUCAGCACGAAGAUGGAAUUACUAUGCCUCAAGAAAGUUCAAAUAUUGAUUUAGCCAUUGGCGACAGCGGCACUGGCACCCCACUGGCAAACCAGGAGGACAAGCCUCAGGAAUGUAUUGAGCAUGUCUCUCGCCAACUCGAAGAUGGAAUUGGCAUGUCUCAAGAAAGUUCACAUUGUGAUUUAGCCACAGGCACCAAUAACAGCCCACUGCCAAACCAGGAGGACAAACUUCAGGGAUGUGCUGAACAUGCUUCUGUUCAGCUCGAAGAUGGAAUCACCAUGCCUCAGGAAAGUUCACAUUUUGAUUUAGCAACAGGCACCAAUAACCGCCCACUGCCAAACCAGGAGGACAAACUUCAGGGAUGUGCUGAGCAUGCUUCUGGUCACCUUGAAGAUGGAAUCACCAUGCCUCAGGAAGGUUCAGAUUCUGAUUUAGCAGCAGGAGGUAGUGACACUCUACCAAUGGACCAACAGGACAAAUUUCAUGAUGGUGCUGAGCAUGCUUCAGCUCACAGUGAAGGUAGAACUACCAUGCCCCAAGAAAGUUCAGAUCUUGGUGUAGCAGAAGACAAAGGGAAUGAUCGUGCUGGGGAUCAACAAAAAGACAUCAUCAUGGAGCCAAGAGGGAAGAAACGGUUUAGGGAGGAAGAUGAAGCUGACAGAAACAUCGAUGUGAACUGUGAUGACAAUCUUUCCCAUUUUGUUAGCCCCACACCUAAGUUUGUGUCUGAGAAAAAGAGCAGUAUGAUUGAGCAAGCAAAAUUGGACAGUGCCCCCUUGCUGUAUAAUUUGGAUGAUUCCUCACAUGGUUUAUUGGUAAAACUCUCUGGUGGCCAGAAGGAACAAUGGACAUCUGGUGUGUGCAGUGAAGGAAGCAUCAACAAUAAACCAGCUAUUCCACCUUGUGCUGAGUCCAUGGGAAAAGAUAAGUCUUCAGACAAAGAAGUGAUGACACAGAUAGGUGACAAGGAGGAACCUCAGAUAGCUGGGUGCACAGGUAAAAGCAGCUGCAAAAGAACAGAUGUUCCACAUUAUGUUGACUCCAUGAAUGAAGGCAAUAAGAGGCCAGCUUCCAAUGUCCAUUUUCUCAACAAAGGGGAAAAUGAAAGGGCCACAUCAUCUGUGACCAAAGAACAUGAGCCUUGUUUCAGAAGAAGGCACCACCGGGUUGCUGUGCGUAAAGUGUCUAUGAGCAGGGCAAUGAAGGUAUAUCCUUUCAGGUAA